AUGGCUGCUCUACGCUACAGAGUCACUGGGAACCCUCCAAACUACGAGCAAUGGGAUGGGAACUUGAAGUAUGUUGCUGGGCAUGUGGCUUGGUAUGAUAAUUUAAAUCAAGAUUUGAUGUCAAAAUGGGAUAUUGAGAAUUGUGCUAAGAGUUUAGGGUACAUCAAGACGUCAACAUAUUAUUAUAGAUUACCAAAUGGAGGGGAAUGUAGGGAAUUGAAGAAUGACUCUGAUUUUUGGGCUUUAGUUACUAUAUUGCCCCCAAAUAGAGUGGCAAUUGUGUACAUAGUUUAUGACAACUUUGUCCCAAAUAUUGAGAGUCAAGUUGCAAUCAAAAAUUGUGUGGAGUCAAGCCUCAGUCAAGAAGAACCAAAAGUUGAUGUAGAGAAAUGUGUCAAUGAAGGAGGCAAUGUUAAUGUCUCAAGUAGUGCUGCAGCCUUCCCAAAUUUGGAGUUCGGGGAUGUUGAAACAGAGUUUGAAAAUUCAUAUGAAUUUAAGAGUGGUGGUGAAGAAGAUUAUGAGGGUGAAGAAAAUGGUGGUACACGAAAGAGGAAGUUGCCUAACUUCACUCAAUUUAAGAGUGAUAUGGAUAUGAAGAAUCCACAGUUUAGGUUAGGCAUGAUGUUUUUUAAUAGGAAUGAGUUUAAACAGGCAGUAAGAUAUUAUGCUUGUGUUAAUGGAAAAGAUAUUAGAUUCACACUAAGAGAGAGUUUCAAAGUUCAAGCUAAGUGCAAAAAGCCAUGUCCUUGGGUGAUUUAUGCAUCUAAGGUGGAUGAGAGUUCUACUCUUAUGGUAAAGACACUUACUGAUUUGCACACAUGCCCGAGGGCGGAAAAAAUCAAACUAUGCACAUCUACUUGGUUGUCACAUAGGUACACUGAAGAGUUGAUUGAUAAUCCUAAAUGGGAAGUGCCAAAAUUCCAAGAAGCUGUGCGUAAACAAUACAAUUUGAAUAUCACAAAGAACCAAAUAUAUAGAGCAAAAAGUUUGGUGGCUGCUAAGACUGAUGGGACUUAUGAGGAGCAAUAUGGAAGGUUAUGGGAUUAUUGUGAGGAGUUAAAGAGAACAAACCCUGGUAGUACAGUUAUUAUCAAGACAGAGAUGGAAGGUGGAAAACCUAUUUUUCAGAGAAUGUAUGUGUGUUUUGCAGCUCUUAAGAAGGGCUUCAUACAGGGUUGUAGGCCAGUUGUGGGGUUAGAUGGAUGCCACAUUAAAGGUCCACAUCCUGGGCAAUUACUUUGUGCUAUUGGGAUAGAUGUCAAUAAUGGCAUGUAUCGAAUAGCGUAUGCCAUUGUUGAAAUAGAAAAUAGGUGCACGUGGACUUGGUUCCUAGAGAUACUCAUCAAUGAUUUGAGGAUUGAUAAUGGGCUUUCUUGGGUCAUUAUGUCAGACAAGCAGAAAGGUCUACUGAGAGCUGUUGAAGACCUUGUUCCUAGUGUUGAACACAGGCAUUGUGUUCAACACUUGUAUAAUAAUCUCAAGAAAGGUCACAAUGGAAUGGCACUUAAGCAAAUACUUUGGGAAGCAGCAAGGGCAACCACCAUUCCUGGGUUUAAAGCACAUAUGACUAGGAUGGAAAUUGAAGAUGGAAGAGCAAUAGGAUGGUUUGAUGACAAGCCUGCAAAGUAUUGGAGUAAAUCCCAUUUUAGGACUACAUCAAAAUGUGAUAUCUUGUUGAAUAAUAUGUGUGAGUCUUUUAACAGUGUAAUAUUAAGUGCAAGAGAUAAACCAAUAUUGACUAUGAUGGAGAGGAUUAGGACAUAUAUGAUGGUGAGAAUGGCAAGAAUGAGAGAGACUGCAAAUAAGUGGACUUGUGAUGUUGGCCCUAGAGUGUUUAAAAUUGUUGAGAAAAACAAAUUAGAAAGUGGUUCUUGCAUUCCUUGUCUUGCCGGUGACAAGAAGUAUCAAGUGAGGCAUAUUAUUGGGGCACAGUUUGUGGUGGAUUUGACAGCCCACACUUGUUCAUGUAGGAGGUGGGAUCUCACUAGAAUUCCUUGUUCUCAUGGCAUUUCUGCAAUAUACAGAAGAGAAGAGGAUCCAUACAACUAUGUUCAUUCUUGUUACAAGAAACCAGCAUUCUUAAGGGCCUACAAGCCUUAUAUCAACCCAAUGGCUGGUUAA